AUGCGUGCGCCUCGAGCACCCAACGCGCACUCUUCCCGCACCGCAUCGCCGCCCCCGCCGAGUCCUCAUCUCCUUCCUCUUCUGCCAGCCGUCUUCACCGCCCAGCAGGCGGAGGAGAGUAUCGAGUUUGUUCAGAGGGAACUCUCGCGACUUUUGCGGGCGUGCGAGUACAGAGAGCAACACCCUUACAACGUUUUGAAGGGGGGAGAGGAUAGCAGCCGCGGCGCAGCAACGCCGCGCACUACCGGCAGCAGCAGCAGCACCUCAUCGCGGACCACAUCGGUGUUGGCAACGCAUAGACGCGACCCAACGGCGUCUUUUCUGUCGCACGCAGACCCAUCGCUCAAGCUGGCCCAGUCCACCGCUGCCUUUUCUUUCCCUCUCGGUCCUCAUCGCAGUGAUGCCGCUGAAGCAGCGUUUUUCCCCGUUACCGGGACUGGUGCAGCGGCGAACGCCGCACCUGCGGCGGGAAAUCUCAGCGGUGCUUCUUUCUCCGCCUUCGAAAGGCGCCGUAUCGCUCAUCUCCUGGGUCGUGUGGCGCUGGAGAUCGCCGCUGUCUGGACGUACGUCCGUCAAAGCGAGCCGCUUUGUGGGACCUCACCAGCUGACCCCACCACGCCAGUCUCGUCUGUCCGAAUGACACGCGGGACAGCGCGGCUGUUGAGUGACCGCAGCACGGCCGCCCCGGCAGCGUUGCCGUUAGCUCCGGCGUCUUUGAGCGCUGACGGCGGCGAUGGGCGUGCCACAGUGGCAGUCAAUCUCACAAGCGAGGAGCCUGCGGUCCCAACACCUGCGGUGAUGCAGAACUCUGUGUUGGGUGAGGCGGCCAAGGAGCGGCAAGACGCGCAUGACGGCGAUCCUGCACCGCAGAUUACCGCCCUGAGUGCACUGAUUGAGGCUGCGGCUGCUAUCCAACGCUCUCUUGAGAUGGCGGGUGGCGGCGGCGGGGGUGAGCGCGCUGCCCCAGCAGAACGUGCUGGUGCAGCUGCGGCAACAUGCAAUGUAGGCGCAAACACGCUUCUGGGGGCUGCUCAAGCAGCAUCGCUAACAUUCAGCAGUUUCUCCUUUGACGGCGUCAGGACACCCAUUCAGGAAGUAGCGGGCGUCGUUGUUGGUAAGCAAUCUUGCCGCGGCUCCGCCGGCGUCGAUACGUCUUCUGCUGUCGCGGGGGCAUCGCAAGCCCCGCCGUCAGCCCUCACCGGAGGUCGGACUUCAGUACCAGGCCUCGCUGAGCUGCACAGCAGAGAAGGCGAGCUGAAACCGCUCGCGGUGUCUGACGGUACCGUUGCGCGCCGGGCUCGUGGCGGUAGCAGCCCAGUGAAGCGAGGCAGCGCUGCAUUAUCUUCCAUUCCUUCCUACCUGCGCGCUUAUGUACUCGAAGACGGUAAUGACGGCUGUGCGGACGAGGCGGACAACUUCAGUGAGGGGAACGGCAUUAGUGGCAACGAAGGCGACAGGGCGGUGCUGGCGAAUGCAGGCAAGAGCGUGCCUCGCUCCAUCAGCGCAGGUAGUGCCAAUACUCGUUCCCAUUCGCGCGCUAGUGAGUUUCCUGUCACCUCACACGACGACGGCUAUAAGACACGGCCGUCCUCAGCUCGCUCUGCCGUGGAGAAUCCUAGCCGAGCAAGCCACCUCAGCGCCGCGGCGACGGUCAUCAGGCCGAGCUUACUUGGCUCAGCAGGUGCUUCUCUCGCGGCACCAAAACACGCCGGUGGCAGUGGAGGCGCGGCCACGCUCGUGACCGCUCUCCUGGACGCCGAUCCAGUCUCCCACUGCUCGUCGCUGCGCAUUCAACGCGCCCUCUCGGCCUUGUCGCUGCAGUCCGCCUCCCUCGUGAGCUCGCCGCUGCAGGAGCCGCCGUUCAGCGCACAGCAAUCGCAGUCGUGCAGUGGUGGGAGUGUAGGCAGCCAUCCGAACGCGAGCGUCUCGCAGCGGUCACCAGACUCGGCGGAGAUGUCGUCGGCUGCUGCGGCCGCCUACUUACGCAGCACGAGCCUGUUUCGUCGACCACACCGACUAGAAGUCCCUGUGAGCCGGACGCAGUCGCUGCGCCGCGCUACGUCGAUUUCGUCUCCGGUGUCGGUGGAAGGGAUCAGUUUCGGGUCUGCCCAUGGGGCGGUGCACUACAACGGCACGUUGGCGCCGGUUUCCGGCGCGUAUGGCAACUCCUCUGCUGCAUCGUCUCACAUAACGAAGAGCAAUAGUGGUCUGCAGCUCAGCAGCGGCGGCGUUGACAUCUUACGAACGUCGUCGGGCUUUAACAGCUUUCGUCCAGUGGCGAUGGGUGCCAGCACCACAGUGGAUUCCCCACACUCGUCGGUUGCAGGGUUGCAUUUCAAGCGGGUCAUCUCGCUGGACUCCGAGGGUGGGUUGUGGCCGCAUGACUCGUUUGCCGACUCCUUGGAGAUGAGUCAGCAAAAGGUGACGCCUCUUCUGGGGCGACCAUCAGCGUCCGCCAUGGAGGCGACUCUCUCCUCAUCCCCGCCGUCGCAAGACGCAGGACUGGCGACCGCCACAGGAAGCCUCAGCGAUCGUUACGGGGCCUCGAAGUCCCCACCGGAGGGCCAGUCUGGGGGAGUGAUGCCUGUCGCCACGUCUUCGUCAGGGCAUCGCAGCUCCGCGAUGCCUCCAGGGAAAACGGAGCUCUCGCGCAGCCACAACGCGCAAUGCCGCCGCGGCACACCGAAACCGGCUGUUUCGAGCGCCUCAGCGGUGACGGUGCCGUCUGCCGUGCUCGGCAACUUGUCAUCUCGGCAGUGUCCAGUCGCUCUCUUGUCCCCCGUGCACUUCAGUUCGUCUCCUCAAAGACGCAUUCACCGCUCUGUGGUAGCGCCGUCAGUCUUCGUGCCUGCACCGGGCGCCGCUGGCGGGGGUUUAGCAGCUGACGGACUCACGCCGUGCUUGUACCACGUACAAGAUGAGGUCCUCACAGAAUUUCUGCGCUGCGUGCACGACCUCACCCGGGCCAACCUCACGGACGCCGAGUUCGACUCCCUUAAACUCUGCUACUUCCUCCCUGGUGUGUCGCUGGUGACAUCUACGGUCACGGCUCGGCCACCGUCGUCUUCGCUGCCACCCACCGUACCGCCGUUGCCUCUGUUCGAGGGGGGUGAGCUGGUGCCUCUGCACCGCGGCAGCCUUGACGUGUUUUGCUCUCUUAUCCGAGAGCGAUUGGUGGCGGUGUGCCGCAAUCUCCGCAUCUCUACCGCCCCUUACUUGGCAUUGCUGUGA